AUGAAUUUUUUCUCAGAAUACCAAGCUGCCUUGAGGCGAUGCAGUGGGCAAGAUUAUUGCCCAGAUCCGUGCAUCUGUUGUAAAGAUGAUGAGAAUCACAGAUUCAUUAUCAACUGCAGUAAUCUGGAAUUGAAGGAGAUACCCUCGAAACUACCCAUCGUGGAGAAUGCCACUCUUCUGUUUGAACAUAAUAAUCUACAGUCUUUGGAUGGGUUUACCAAAAUCAAAGGCUUUGAUCAACUGAAGGAACUUUAUUGUAGGUACAAUAGCAUAAAAAAGAUAGAGAAUCUUCCAAAAAACAUUCAACUCCUCGAUAUAAGGAACAAUUCUCUAAGGACACUGAACAAUAGUCUAAGAGAGUUUCUGACACAAAAAUCGAAUAUGUCCAGUUUAACCAUCUUUAUAUCGGGCAAUAAUUGGAUUUGUCAUUGCAAGGAAAUACUUUUCUUCCGAUUCACGAAGAAUCUGGCAGAGAAUAUCAAGGACCUAUGUAAAACAGAAUGCCAUGAUUCUAGAUUGUUUGUUUCUCUGGAGGAAAAGGAUCUAUGCCCUGAAAAAAUACCCCGAUAUGUAAUCUAUUUUACAUCGUUUAUAAUGUUGAGCUGUCUGUUGAGUUUUCUGCAAUGCUUUUGGAAAUCCAUUGCGAUGUGGCUAUAUGAAAAGAGAUUGUUCUUGAAACUGACCACUCGUUUGGAGAAGGGGAUCGAGACCAAAUAUGACUGCUUUUUGGCUUAUUGUCACAAGGAUUCGCAUUUUGUAAGGGAGUAUGUCGAAAGAUUGGAACAUGGUCACAAUCGACUUCGUCUCUGCUUCUACGAAAGAGAUUGGCUGGCUGGUGAACCGAUUCCUGACUGCAUUUGCCACUCUGUGGAGAAUUCCAAGUGCAUUGUCAUCUUAAUGACCAAAAAUUUCCUUAAGUCCGCUUGGGGUCGUCUGGAAUUUCGUUUGGCCCUUCAUGCCACCUCCAAGGAUCAGUACAAGCGACUAAUUAUCAUCAUCUAUCCGGGUGUGGAGAACUUUGAUCAACUCGAUGGCGAACUACAAAGCUAUUUGAAAAUUAAUACCUAUCUGAUGCGAAAUGAUGCCAACUUCUGGAAUAAGCUCAUCUAUGCCUUGCCCCACAAGAUGGUAGAUGAGUGCGAGGAAAUGGAGAUGAUCAAUAUUGAAACCUAA